AUGUCAGGCUCUGGAUCUGGACCAGGGUCCGACUACGAUGAGGGGGAGUUGGUGGAGCCCUGUGAGGAGGAUGCCCAGUCCUCCUACUCCCAGGAGGUGGGGCAACGCGAGCGCUAUCCCCUGGAUCGUUUCUCGCAUCUAGUAACCACCGUGCCGCAUCUGACCGCAUCGGCUGUGGUCAGGAUGUGUAUGGCGAUGCCGGUCCAGCCCGCCUCGCCUCCGGUGGACUAUUUACAGUCCCUCGCUCCCUCCCCCCGGCGACGCAGACGUGAGGUGGUUGCUCCCAGGAUGGAACCGCUGCUGCAUUAUGCCAGCCUGCAGGGCGGCCCUAGUUCCUCCUUCGACAAACCUCGGUGGGGACCGGUCUGCAGGUGGAGGGUUGUGUGGAGAGGUGUUGGCGCUCUUGGGAGAGGCGGCCUGGACACCUCUGCAGAAGGGAUAGGCGCUCUUGGGAGAGGCGGCCUGGACCCUUCUGCAGUCUGCUCUACAUUCCUGGGGUUCAGGUGCUCUUAA